GCUGUAUUGAAUUAUUCGAAGAGCGUAUUUUAACUGAUUUUUUUACUGGACUUGGCUAGCUGGGGGCCAGUCGGUAAGCGAAGCUAACUAACGUUAGCUAGCUUUUUAGCAGCGUUAGCCGUGGAGGUAGACUAAUGCUAGAUAAAGGGGGAGGGGGAAUUACCUCGGACCAUUCAUUUAAUCUGUUUUUAUCGGAUGCAUUGCUGUGAGAAAACUGCGUAACGGUCGUUUUUGCAAGACUCGCUCGGUAUUGAGCGGAAUUAUCCGUUUUUCGCUCAACCGAUGUGUGCGAGUCGAACAAGAGGCUGGAAGAAUUGAAGAGUUAGCUCGCUGGUAGCUAAACUCGGCUCGGUAUUGAAUGCUGAUUUGUUUCAUUGGCUGGUCUGCGCGACUUUCUGCUCCUCAAAAUCAUCCAAACGGCCCAGUGUUCGUACGAUAUGAUAUGAUGGAGAGACCGGCCUCGCUUUGAGGAUGAGUUCUUGUUUUGUACCCAACGGGGCCAGCCUGGAGGACUGCCACUCCAACCUCUUCUGUUUGGCUGACCUCACAGGCAUCAAAUGGAGGUGCUUUGUUUGGCAGGGCCCCUCGUCAUCACCCAUCGUCUUCCCCGUGACAGAGGAGGACCCCAUCUUGUGCAGCUUCAGCCGGUGCCUAAAGGCAGAUGUGUUGAGCGUGUGGCGGCGGCACCAGACACCUGGACGGCGUGAGCUCUGGCUCUUCUGGUGGGGUGACGACCCGAACUUUGCUGAGCUCAUCCACCACGAGCUUUCAAGUAAUGAGGACGGAGUGUGGGAUAGCGGCCUGACCUACGAGUGCCGAACGCUACUCUUCAAAGCCAUCCACAACCUGCUGGAGCGCUGUCUCAUGAACCGCUGCUUCGUACGAAUCGGCAAGUGGUUUGUCAAGCCCUACGAGAAGGACGAGAAGCCCAUCAACAAGAGUGAACAUCUAUCCUGCGCCUUCACCUUCUUCCUACAUGGAGACAACAAUGUGUGCACCAGUGUGGAGAUCAACCAGCAUCAGCCCGUGUACCUGCUAAGCGAGGAACACUUGACGAUAGCCCAGCACAGCAACAACCCAGUGCAAGUGAUUCUUAGUCCAUAUGGUCUAAAUGGGACUCUAACUGGCCAGUCCUUCAAGCUGUCUGAUCCACCCACUCAGAAGUUAAUAGAAGAAUGGAAGCAGUUCUACCCAAUCAGCCCCAACACAAAGGAAGCUUCAGAGGACAAGGUGGACGAUUUGGACUGGGAGGAUGACUCUUUGGCUGCUGUUGAGGUUCUUGUUGCUGGAGUGAGGAUGGUGUACCCUGCCUGCUUGGUGCUUGUGGCUCAGUCAGACAUUCCAGCCCUGGCUGCAUCGAGCUCCACCGGUGCUUCUUCUGGAGGUCAUCACAGUCACUCGACACACAGAGAGCCUGCUUUUUCUUCAGUCACUCUCACUCCUCCGACCUCGCCUGAGGAUGCCCUGAAAGUAGCACAGCCAACUCCCAGGUGGGCCAAAGUGUCUCAAGCGUCUGAUGGCUUCGGCAUGGACAGCACAAGUCAUCACGGAGGCAAGGUCCCCUGCAAGCUGGCCAGUCAUUUAGUGGAGACCGUAUGGCAGGAGUGCAACGUCAACAGGGCUCAGAACAAGAGAAAAUUCUCAGCUGUAGCCAAUGGUGUGUCUGAAGAUGAAAUGGAUAAAGCUUGUGCUUGGGAUUUUGUUGAACACUAUCAAAGGGGACAGUGCAAUUGCUCAAGACACAAGAACUUAAAGCAGCGUGUGGGGAGCACUCCUGGCCUCCCCCUCUCUGUCAGUCAGCCCUCUCAGUUGCCCUCCAAGGUCAAAGUGGUGGACAAACCUGAGAAAGCAGAGAAGCAACAAAAGAGGCCCCAGACACCCUUCCACCACCGCAGCUUUGUGGGCGAGGAUUUAAGCAUGGAGCCUGAGGAUCGGACCGGCCAUUAUCACGCUCUCCACCACAGCGAUGACGCUCAGAGCAAAGCCCAAACUCUACACACAUCAUCGAGGGACAUGGCCAGCUCACCUCAGCCUCCCCCGCUCAGCCCCCAUCCUUGCGAGCGGGAGGAGGAAACGGCAGCUGAGCUGAAACGCUCCUCCACCCCCCUCCAUGAACAGUUCUACCCUUCUUCCUCAGAGCCCUGUUUGCUUCCUCCCAAAAGCCCUGAUCAUCCUUCCUUCAACCCUCUGACCUCAGAGUACCCUACCACUUAUCCAGACUCCCAGGAGCCCACAGUGUACGUCGGCUCAGCCAUCAAUCCCAACGAGGACACGAGCCACAACCCCUGGAGGUACUUCCGACUGCCUGGCAAGAGAAGCGUGGACCUGGCUCCGCCUCAGCUCCCUGUGGACAAACUAAAGCAGGACAGCCUAGACAAUGCUGUUUCAGUCACUGAAAUGAUGGCUCCCAGUUCGAUGCCCCUGAAAGUGUCAGAAGAGCGGGUGAAGCUUUACAUUCAGAAGAAGAACCAGUAUCUCUCAGUAUCUGUAUGUGAUGGAGAUCAGGAGGUGGAUACAGACCCUUAUGCUUUUGUGGAGGGAGAUGAAGAGUUCUCUUUCGCUGAUAAAGAGAAGAGGCCAGGAGCAGAAGCAGCCAAAAGAAACAAGAGGGAUGAUGGCAGUACUUCCUCGACCGAUGGUGUGUAUGCUUUACAUUUUAUUUCCUUUGAGGUCAUUCGAGAUGUUGUUGGUUUUUUUUCUCUUCAUACUUACCAGCCUGCCAAUACAAUUGAUUACUAUUUGUUUAUCACCACAGAUCCCCAGGGCUCAGCCUGCAGUAAACCUCCUCCGUCCACCAGCCUGAUACACGAGACCGACCUGGCAGUGUCAAUUAAUGACCUGGACAAUAUCUUCAACUCUGACGAGGAUGAGCUUACGCCUGGAGCCAGAAGAACUGGGAAUGGAACUGAGGAGAAAUUUGCUGGAAAGGAGCCCAAACCAGCAGCACCAGAUCCCCUGUCCUGCAUAAGCUCUGCCGACCUCCACCAGAUGUUCCCCACCCCUCCAUCUCUUGAUCAACACAUAACCGGCUUCUCCCCCAUCAACGGCGGAAAGGAGUGCGGCUCUGUAGAAACCGGUCCCGGCUUUACUCUGGCAGAUGGGUCUAUGCUCAGUGGAUCUUUUAAAAUGGAGGUAGAAGAAGGCUUUUGCAGCCCCAAACCCUCUGAGAUCAAGGACUUCUCUUUUGUCUUCAAGCCGGAGUCCUUUCAGAUAUUCGUGGGCUGCUCUCUGUACGCGCCUCUAAAAACACUUCCCAGCCAUUGCCUGCCAUCCAUCAAGCUGCCAGAGGAGUGUCUGUACAGGCCCAGCUGGACUGUGGGUAAACUGGAGAUGAUGCAGUCAGUACCUGCCAUGCCUUUUCUUAACAAGGACACCAACAUCCCCAGCGUUGGCAGCGUCAUCGAGCUGCAAGAAUACACACAAACGUACACCCCGCAAACCCACACCCCCUUCCAGUCCAGCAGUGCACCGCCCAGCAACAGUGGAGCGGGCAUUUUGCCCUCACCUGCCACGCCUCGCUUCUCUGUUCCCACGCCGAGAACACCCCGCACCCCACGCACACCACGUGGCCCUGCCAGCGCUCAGGGCUCGAUGAAGUAUGACAACUCUGACCUGUACUCGCCUGCCUCCACUCCCUCCACCCUCAGGCCGCUCAGCUCAGUGGAACCAGCCACAGCUCCUUCGGUGCCUGAGGCCCACAGCCUUUACGUCACUCUCAUUCUCUCCGACUCGACCAUGAACCUGUUCAAGGACUGCAACUUCGACAGCUGCUGCGUGUGCGUGUGCAACAUGAACAUCAGGGGCGCGGACGCAGCCGUUUACAUCAGUGACACCGGCCUGGAUUCGCAGUAUUCUAGCUCUGAUCCCUGCUCAUGUGGCUUUAGUGCCGUUGUCAAUAGGCGCUACGCAAACGGUGCCGGCCUCUUCCUCGAGGACGAGCUGGAUAUCGUGGGCAGAGGCUCGGACGCUGGUCAAGAGGCAGAGAAGCACCUUGAAGCGCUGCGCCGCGCUUCCUCUUUGCAGCUUCCAGACGAGGUGCUCUUCCUGUUCCAGGAACAGUGCUCCAAUCCUUUCCCCCCAAUCUGCAGUCCUGAGCCCGGCGGCAGCUUAGUCCCACGGCCGCCACGACGUCUGGAGGAGCGGGACUACUGCAGUGACUGCUACCUGGCUCUGGAACACGGGCGUCAGUUCAUGGACAACAUGUCUGGAGGGAAAGUAGACGAGACACUGAUCAAAAGCUCGUGUCUGCAUCCCUGGGCCAAACGCAAUGCUGUGGACGUGAGCAUGCUGUUCUCUCAGGAUGUGCUAAGAAUGCUGCACACUCUGCAGCCCGUGCUGCAGGAUGCCAUCCAAAAGAAGAGGUCUGUGCGCCCUUGGGGCCCCCUCCAGGGCCCCCUUACCUGGCAGCAGUUCCAUAAGAUGGCAGGCAGGGGAUCCUACGGCACAGACGAGUCUCCUGAGCCUUUACCCAUCCCAACUUUUCUGGUGGGUUACGAGUAUGACUUUGUUGUGCUGUCACCCUUUGCACUGCCCUAUUGGGAGAAGCUUCUACUGGACCCCUUCGGUUCUCAGAGAGAUGUCGCGUAUGUCGUAGUGUGUCCUGACAACGAGUCUCUGCUCAGUGGCGCUAAAAUAUUUUUCAGGGACCUGACUGCAGUGUAUGAGGCAUGUCGACUUGGUCAGCACCGGCCCAUCUGUAAGGAUCAUGCUGAUGGCAUUGUGACGGUAAAAAGUGCCGGCUCGAAGCCUCUGUCAGAGCAGCCUCUCAGUGAUUGGUUCUUUAAGACGUGCAACAACGCCAGCAGUGACUCGAUGACCAAACUUAAACUCUACGCUCAAGUGUGCCGGCAUGACCUGGCUCCAUACCUGGCGGCACUCUCUUUAGACAGCUCCCUACUUUCUCAGCGGAACCCUGCCUCAUCCUCCUCAGCAUCUUCACGAUCAGCCAGCUCCAGCGGUGCUUCCACGGGCCCUCAGAACACCCCUCCUUCUACCAACGGCUCCACAGCCACAAGUAGCAGCGGCACCCCAGCACCCACCUCUGCUUGCACUAACUCCCAGACCAUGGGAGGCUUAGCAUCUAAUAAGCCUGCACCGGUCCCUCCUUUCGGAGCUCAGGGCAUUCCGCACGCUGGAGCCCCUAGCACAGGAAACCCAGGGGAGAGCGCAUCAGCAAACAACCAGCCUCAAGCUCAACCUGAACCUCCCGAGAGCACUAUGGAGAGAGAAAAGGUUGGCGUGCCAACAGAUGGCGACUCCCAUGCCAUCAGCUACCCUCCCGCUAUAGUGGUCUACAUCGUGGAUCCCUUUAACUACGAGGAGAAGAGCAGGGGUUCCAGCUCUAACAUCUGGAGCCUGGGACUUCUCUGCUGUUACAUGGAGAUGUUGCAGUCUCUCCCGCCACAUAUCAGGAAUUCCGUUUUUGUGCAGGUUGUUCCCUGCCAGUUUCUGCUGCAGCCUGUAAAGAACGAGGAGAGGCACAUGUACGGCCAGCAUCUGAAGUCACUGGCUUUCUCAGUGUACACACAGUGCAGGAGGCCGCUUCCAAACUCUACUAAUGUCAAAACGCUAACAGGUUUUGGUCCUGGACUCGCUAUAGACACUGCAUUACAAAGCCCUGAGAGGUCAGAUUGUGUGCGGCUCUACACACCGCCGUUCAUCCUCGCCCCAGUAAAGGACAAACAGACAGAGCUCAACGAGACAUUCGGUGAGGCAGCGCAGAAACACAACAUUCUGUUCGUCGCUUAUUGCUUGUCGCACGACCAGCGCUGCCUUCUGGCCACCUGCACAGACCAGUAUGGAGAGCUGCUGGAGACAUGCAUCAUCAACAUCGACGUGCCCAACCGAGCUCGGAGGAAAAAGGGGUCAGCUCGGCGACUUGGCCUUCAGAAGCUCUGGGACUGGUGCGUCAGCCUGGUGCAGGUGACUUCACUGCCUUGGAGAGUCGUGAUAGGCCGGCUUGGUAGGAUGGGUCAUGGCGAGCUGCAAGACUGGAGCAUCCUGCUUAGCAGGCGGAACCUGCAGUCUCUGAGCCGUCGCCUAAAGGAGAUGUGCAUGAUGUGUGGAAUCUCGGCAGCAGACAGUCCCAGCAUCCUUAGCACCUGUCUGGUUGCCAUGGAACCUCAGGCAACCUUUGUCAUCAUGCCAGACUCCGUAUCUACUGGCUCGGUGUUUGGCCGUAGCACUGCUCUGAACAUGCAGACAUCACAGCUGAACACCCCUCAGGACACCUCUUGCACCCACAUCCUGGUGUUCCCCACCUCAGCCACCGUCCAGGUCGUCGACCUGCCCUUCAACCCCAUUCACGAUGCAUCAGAUGCCAUGGGAGGGAUGGAUGGAAUUCUGGAUCUGCUCGUUUCUGAGAAUGAUGUGGACCCUGACCUUAUCAACAUACUACCCAACUCUCCUACCACCUCUCCAGUGCACUCGCCUGGCUCACACUACCACCAUGGAGGAGAUGGCAUCAAGGGCCAGAGUGCCGACCGCAUGGAGUCUCACGAUGAAACUCCCAACAUCCUGCAGCAGCCAAUGGCAUUGGGCUACUUUGUGUCUACAGCCAAGGCAGGUCCCUUGCCUGACUGGUUCUGGUCCUCCUGCCCUCAGGCCAAGAACCAGUGUCCUCUCUUUCUCAAGGCCUCGUUACAUCUGCACGUCUCCACGUUACAGUCCGAUGAGCUGCUGCACAGUAAACACUCUCACCCGCUGGACUCCAAUCACACAUCAGAUGUGCUUAGGUUUGUUCUGGAGCAGUACAACGCCCUGUCCUGGCUGACAUGUGACCCUGCCACUCAAGAUCGGCGCUCCUGUCUGCCUGUGCAUUUUGUAGUGCUUAACCAGAUGUACAACUUUAUCAUGAACGUGCUGUGAGUGCUGGACUGCAGUAAAUCAGCGCUCGCUGUGCUGCACUGCCACACAGCCAGUCUAGACACUCAGUAAUGCGUCAGCAUUGCCAUCAUCUCCCUUCUAACACAACUGGAGCAGAAGGGACUGAAAUGUUCUUUUAAUGAGCUGAAAAGUAGUUCUGGGUAAGAUCUUGUCCAAACGAAAUGCCUGCGUAUAUCUUAUUUAUUGUACGUUUUUAAAUGUGUAAUUUCUUAAUCUUUUAUAAAUAUAUAUUAUAAAUAUCCGAAGGUACACACCGCCUUCUUGCCGAAAUGAAAAAUGGUUUAUCAUGUAUCCAAUUGUCUUAAUUGCAGAGCACGGACUGAGAGUUGAAAUUGCUGUAGGUUGCUUUUAGAGAAUUAUUUUCUCCGAGCGGACAGCCGUUUUUAUUGCCAUGAUGUAUAGAUGAAGUACGCCCAAACUGUCAUUAGCUUUGAGUGAUGGGGGACUGCCGGAUAUGCUGUAGUUGCAGAAUACCUGUACAGCGAUUUAACGUGUGCAAAUAAGAGGACAAGAAAUGCAUUGUAAGAUUAUAUAUUUUAUAUCAGAUUUAGAGAAUUGUGUGUGUAUGUAUGUAUAUAUAUAAAUGUGUACAUACUAUCUUGUGCCGCUAUGAAUGGUGCAGCCAAUUUUAGGAAUAAAGUGCGUCAACAUGA